UUAAAUUUUAGUUUCCCCAGCAAACGAAACCGAAAACAAAAAACGAUGUCGAAUCUGGCCAAGCUGCGAUUCGCUCUCAUCACCGAGGAUGCCCUGGAGAAGCUGCGUCCGCGCGAUCAAUCCGAGUCAACCGCCCAAGUCAAAUCGGCCCAAAUGAACGAAAUCUAUACGGCGAUAACUGCAACAGUCAAUGAAAUGUUGGAGCAAAAACUGAAAUCUCUCAAUCUGAACAAACUAAUCGAGGACAAGAUCGUGGAGCUGUUGGCCCGUCAGCCAACCAACCAGAUCCCCAAUCGGCCAUCCGGUGAUAAUCCCGAUCCUUAUCCGGCCCCCGAUCAUCAAUGUCACGAUGAUAAACAACUCCGGGAUACGCGUUCAACCAACUCUGUUCACGGAAUGCGUCGCCAUAAGAAACGAAGGGCAAAGAGCGGAGCUGCUACCAUGACAGUCCUGGCGGACAAGCCCAAGACGAAAUUGCGUAAAAUGUUAGACAAAGCAGUGGCCAAAUCGUCGCAGCCUACAGCGAAACGCGUAACCAGAUCAACUCAAUCAACACUACAACCAACAACAACAACAACAAAACAAACCACAACCAACACUCCACAGCAGCAACAACAACAACAACAACAACAACAUAAUCUGUCAAACGAAAGUGAUACCGCCGAGGAGCCAUCCAUAUUGACUUUAGCUGCCAAAUAUCUACAAGAAUUAGAUGAAUCUAGACGUAAACAACGACAGAGUCCAGAUAAUUUCUAAGGACACACACACACACACACACAGACUCACACACACACACACACACACAUCUUGGCAUAAAUUGUUAACGUUUCACGAUCCGCUA